AGUGUUGACAAAGCCUGGAAAGAACUGAGUAACAUCCUCUCUGGAAUAUUCUGUGCUUCUCUCAACUUCAUUGACUCGACCAACACAGUCACUCCAACGGCGUCCUUCAAACCCCUGGGCUUAGCCAACGGGACAGAUCACCAUCUCCUGCGAUACGCCGUCCUGCCCCGGGAGGUCGUCUGCACAGAGAACCUCACGCCUUGGAAGAAGCUGCUGCCAUGUGGCUCAAAGGCUGGGCUUGCUGUGCUGCUGAAGGCCGAGCGCUUGUUCCACAGCAGCUACCACUCGCAGGCAGUGCACAUCCGCCCCAUCUGCAGGGAUGCCUCCUGCUUGGCUGUGUCCUGGGAGCUCAGACAGAGCCUCACUGUGGUCUUUGACACCUUUUCCAGCAGCCAAGGAAAGAAAGACUGGUCCCUCUUCAAAAUGUUCUCUCGCACACUUACUGACGCGUGUCCUCUGGCAUCGCAGAGCAAAGUCUACGUUGACAUCUCCCCUAAGAACAAGGAAAAGGAGUUACUGGAAGUGACCCCCCCUCCGGCAUCUGUAUACGAAGCUAUUGUCCAGGGAGACAAGAGAACCUAUGCCGUCUAUGACCUGCUGAGCCCCUCGCUCUUCAAUACAUCUCGCAGCCUCAAUGUGCAGCUGAAGUGGAAGCGGCCCCAAGACAGCUCGGAACUGCCGACACCCAUACUCCAUGCUCAGCGCUACGUGAGUGGAUACGGGCUGCAGACCGGGGAGAUCAGCACUCUCAUCUACAACACUCACCCGUACCGGGCCUUCCCCGUGAUCCUGCUGGAGACUGUGCCGUGGUAUCUGCGACUCUAUGUGCACACUCUGACUAUCAUCACGAAGGGGAAGGAAAACAAGCCAAGUUAUAUCCACUACCAGCCAGCCCAGGACCGGAGGCGGCCUCACCUCUUGGAAAUGCUGAUCCAGCUGCCAGCCAGCUCUGUCACCAAAAUCACAAUCCAGUUUGAGAGGGCCUUAUUGAAGUGGACAGAGUACACGCCUGACCCCAAUCACGGCUUUUAUGUCAGUUCAUCUGUGCUUAGUGCCCUGGUGCCCAGUGUCAUUGCGAUGAAGGACGUGGAUGUGGAGCAGAGCCCUCUCUUCACCUCGCUGUUUCCUUCCUCUGAUGGCUCCAGCUAUUUUGUGCGCCUGUACACGGAGCCGCUGCUGGUAAACUUGCCGACGCCAGACUUCAGCAUGCCCUAUAACGUCAUCUGCCUGACCUGCACCGUGGUGGCAGUGUGCUACGGCUCCUUCUACAACCUGCUGACCAGAACGUUUCACGUGGAAGAGCCGAGCCGGGGCGGGCUGGCCAAGUGGCUGGCCAACAUCAUCCGCAAAUUCAGGGGCGUGCCCCCCCUCUGAGAGAAACCAGGGCGGCCGGCGCUGGCCAUGGGGCUCCUUGGGGAGACCCAGGGAACAGAGCGCUGCUGCUUCUCGUCUUUGCUGGAAGCAACCUGCUCCAUUUUGCUGCCUGGGUCUCUCUGAGGUCCACCAAGCUGAGAGAUCGCUUCCGUUGUUAGGAUGGGAAAGGGCUCUAAGCCCAUUGACUACUGAACUGCACUGCUACGGCAUUGGGAAAGGUGUAAGACUUCUGUUUGGGAGAGGGGUAACUUAUGUGCUGGGAACGAUGCUGGAAGUAAACUUGAGCUGUUUUGUA